UUAUUAUCUUCACACCGUAGAGCAACGCUCCGUGGUGCCAAGUGAUGCUCCUCAGCGGCGCACAUCGGAGGGAGCACCGCCCGCUGCAGGGAGAACCGCUCCGGCUGGUUUUUCUCCCCUUGGACACACGCGUGGAACCACGGGCACAACAUGGGAAUUUGACGCGGCUCUCGAGUGGGUGAGCGAGCUGGAUGAGGGGAAGGGGGGCGAGGGGAGGGGUCUGUAGGACGACUAAGAAGCGCUGAAGUCCCAUCCGAGAGAGAGCGGAGGAGAGGGGGGACUCCGGGGAAACGGUCCCGCCGGGAUGGGGGCCAGGUGUGGUGUUUUAUUGUUUUACAUAGUUUGAAAUGGACUGAAGGUGUGUGUUUUGUCGUUUGGCUUUGGGGAAUAAAACCCACGGGGUUUGAAGCAAGGGUUGCUGGAGUUGCGGUCGGCGCCUCGCGGCUCGUGAUGGAGUGAGAGAGCGCACGGGAACUUCAGCCUCGCCAUGAAAUCAGUUUUUUUCAGCCGCUUCUUCAUCCUGCUGCCAUGGGCCCUUAUUGUCAUCAUCAUGAUCGAUAUCGACAGUAAAAAGGCGAUCCGGGCUCCGGCAGCCAGCCGGACCGGCAAGGCGCAGCGAGCGGCCCGGACCCGCGCCCCGGGGACAGGUGGCCCCCAGAACCAAACCGUUCUGCCGGUCAUCUACGCCGUCACCCCGACGUACACCCGGCCCGUGCAGAAGGCGGAACUGACCCGCCUGGCGCACGCUUUCCGCCAGGUGCCCCGGUUCCACUGGAUCGUAGUGGAGGACGCGACGACGCGCACGGAGCUGGUGGCGCGCUUCUUGGCCCGGUGCGGCGUGCCGUACACGCACCUGAACAUUUUCACCCCCCGCAGGUUCAAGCGCACCGGGAUGCCGCGCGCCACCGAGCAGAGGAAUGUGGCUCUGACGUGGCUGCGGCAGCACCGGGACACGCGGGACGCCGGCGUGGUUUUCUUCGCGGACGACGACAACACCUACAGCCUGGAGCUGUUCGAGGAGAUGCGUAGUACUCGAGGCGUUUCGGUUUGGCCAGUGGGAUUUGUAGGCGGAAGAGCGUAUGAGCGGCCCUUGGUGUCCGGGGGUAAAGUGGUGGGCUGGUACACCGGCUGGAGACCAGACCGACCCUUCGCCACCGACAUGGCAGGUUUUGCAGUGAACCUCCAGGUGAUCCUUGCGAACCCGCGGGCGCAGUUCAAGCGGCGCGGCUCCCAGCCGGGGAUGCAGGAGUCCGACUUCCUCAAGCAGAUCACCAAGGUCACCGAGUUGGAGCCAAAGGCCAACAAUUGCACCCGGGUGCUAGUUUGGCACACUCGCACGGAGAAACCACACCUGGCCAACGAGCCCAAACAUCGGAAAGACACCGUGGUCAUUGAGGUGUGAGAGGAGGGGCCGAGUAGCGGAUCGGAGACCCGGCGCCACGUCUUUGCUAACCAGCCACAGCAUGGCGGGUGCUGUCUGUUCACACCGGACAGUGUAAAGGAGCUGCAUGAUUCAAGACCCCUGGCCGACUUCUUGUUGGGAGAACUUGGCCUGUUCACUUCAUUCAUCCACGGCUUGACGAUGUGAAAAGUUUAAAUGUAAAAAAAAAAAAAAAAAAUCUAAUUGCUGAAGUGCCAAGUGAAUAAUUUAUGUAAUUUUAAUCAUUAAUACAUCCUUGUCAAAUGAACUGUUUCUGUGAUAUAAUUACUGUACAGACGAGGCUCUCUGUUCAGACAACUCGUCGUAUUGCACAAAGCAAAGAAGAUGGACAUCUUUUUCAUUGUUAGUAUGAAGCAUGUAUCACGAUGUUUGUUAGCAUAAAGCUAGCUAGGAAGACUGCAACAACACUCACACUUAUUCUUUUGAAACGUCGAGUAAGCUGCAACAAACAUCUCCAGCAAGUAGCUUCUACAAAACAAUGUGUACGUUUGCGUGACGGGGGUUGGGAGAUGGGAGAGACAAGUUAUCUGCGUCGUGAUGCUAAGCUAAGCUAACAGGAUAAACCGCUGUGUGCGCACAAAAAUUCCGUCAUUUUGUUCUCCUCCCUCACAUCAUCCGUCCCUCUCAGUGAGCAGAUCACAUGUUGGAUCGCAUCAUCUGACAAAAGGUGCUCCCGAAGAACGUUCUAUCUGUAACCUGUCAAAAAGCAGCUCCUGCCUCUCAACGAUACACCGCGAUGUCUCAGAGUGGACCCAGUAACGAUUCAUCACUGGAGAUUGUCCUUCACGUCACCCUGAACCAGUCAGAGCUGGGAUCGACCUCCUCUGGCUCUGUGUGUCUUCAGUGUGGGACCAGGUUUGCGUAACAAGUGAUGCCUCACGCUGCCGUCAAUAAUGCAACGCGCGGGGGUGAACAACAAGGACUCGGAAAGGAAAGAACAGAGCAGACAGGAUAUGAACCGCCUCUAGAUUCACAGCUCAGUAUUUUAUUGGCAGUAUUGUCCUGGUCACUGAAGUGUGUGUGCGCGCGCUGUGUCGGUGUAUGAUGUAAACACAGGGAGAAAACAAACUGGAUUGAAUCCAGGAUCCAACUGCCUUUUAUUUCAAAUCACCCUGUUGGAAAAUAUGGGGAAAAAAAA